AUGGUGAAGACAAUCCGACCCAAACGCCCCACUCCAUCCCAAAGCGUCAACAAACCUACUCCCAGCGACGCUCGUGUCACUGCUGACGUAGUGUCUGCCUCAGUCUCUCAGUCUUUGUGCGAGGACACAAACUUCUCAGACGACAUGUCUCCACUCCACUCGCGUGAGCAUCUGACGCCAACGGAGCCAUCAGUCAUGUACGACGAGAGCGACAGUGAGAGCAACAAGAACAUUGAUGACUUCAUGUCUUCCUUUCGCAGCUUCCAGCGACUCGUGGAAGUUGCCAGAUCCACCUCAUACUGCGCAUUGCCGUUAGCUGACAAGAGGGCUUUGGUCGAACAGUUUAACCAGCGGGCGUGUGAGAUGAGGGACAAGUAUUCCGUGGCUUUCAACAUGCCAGUUUCUAUGCUGGAGAAGAAGCUUGGUAUAGAUUCCGAUGAGAUUGAAGAUUGUAACGAAGAAGAUCUUGAUCCGGACGAUGGAGUGUUCGAGGACGAGAAGCAAGAUGCCUUGCAGGCGACUCAUUCGAUUCAGAAGACGGAAGCCGCAUCUGCUUCCGAGAAAUCAUCGGCAAAGCGCGAGUUCAUCAAUGUCCCGCUUCUGAGGUCUGCUGCAGCUGCUCUCAGUCGAGAGCUAGCCGACCUUCAGUUGAGCGAUGCAGCUCAGCAGCAGUCACAAGAGUACCACGAAUCGGAGUCGAUCGGAGAUGAUGUCAAGGUCUCAGGUAUCUCCCGUUUGGAGAAGAGUUCCAUUCCCAAGGACACUGCGAAGUCUUUCAAGCAAAUCCCAGCAGCUAGUGCGAAGACUUCGAACUCCAAAGACGCUCUCAUUGCGGAUUUUGCAACUUGUCACACCCAGUCGUUCUUGGCCAAACAAGAUGACACCUUGACCAUCAGAUUGGCCACCGCACUGUACACGUUUUGUAUGGAAAAUUCAAACCAUUUUACGGCAGAGGAAGCAUUGAACGUCAGGCACAUGUGUAGUGCCAAUUUAGUCAUCGCCAUCUCUCUAUACCGAAAGGCCACCGACGGUCCACGUGAGCUCAAGCAGGCGUUUAACGAGUGGAUGGCUAAACACCAGGAUGACGAUGACAACGCAGCAUACAAGCUUCGCAACGAAGCCAACGAGACCAGUGUCAAGCGAGAGUAUUGUGAGAGUGAGGCGUCUGGUGACAAUGCUCACUCCGCAUUUGCCCACCCCAAGAAGGAUCACCGCGGUUCUGCAGAUGAAGCAAGUGCAGAGGCUCUUUGGGGUACCAAGACUGUUAUUCAGCAUGUUUAUGAUUGCUUGAAUACAUGGUGCAAUGGUCGCUGCGUUGAGGAACUUGCUCAUGAAGCAGAUCCAACCACCGUUUACCCCGACUCUGCUCAGUUGGACAAGGAUCACGACAGUGCUGCAGAUGGUGCAUUGGCAGAUGCUGUUAAGAAGAACAAACAUGCUCCAUAUGUUGAUCCUUGCUGCAGUUCUUGCUGGAACGGCGACUGCAUUGAGCACAUUGCUCGUAAAGGAGCUCCAACUCCACCUUAUGCAGGCGUCUGCGGCUCGAUCGAUGGCGAAGUCAUGUCUACCUGCGCGCCUGGAUGGGAAGCUCUCAACACCACCUCCGUUCUUGACGAGCAGAACACCCCCGACGACACUCCCGAUGACUCCGCGCCCGAGGUUCCAGAGCCAACCGACUACACAGUCACUUACUGGGCGACCAUCGAGCACGAAGGCCAAGCCGUCCACAUCCCCAUCGACAGCAGCAACGUCUCUGGCCCCGAAAAGUCCAUCAUCGAGGGCAGCGCUGGUAUGAACAAGGUCUGGAAGUGGGUCCAGGAGAAGGGUCUCACGGAUAAGGUCAGCCUUCAGGAUGCGUUUGACUUGGCCAAGGAUAUGCAGGUUGAGUCUCCCGCUGUCGAAGAGUCCCGUGAGGAAGAGAGCGAUGGAGAUGAUGACUCGGAAUAUGUUCCAUUUUAUUCGUCUGGUUCUUCUUCUUCUUCUUCUGAGAGUCAUCGUAGUCAGUCACCGGAAUCUCGUGCUUGGGCUACUUCGGGCACUAUCCUUGGCUGGGCUGCAUAG